AUGUUAUAUAAUGCUAAUGUUUUUCCAUUUGACCUGAAAGACCGGCCAAUACGGUCUGCUUUGCAUCCCAGUAGACAACCUCACAGUAGUAUCUACUUUGCUGCCAACAUUGAGUUUCUUCUUACUGCCAUGUCACAGAUGGCCUAUCCGAUCUUGCCUCUUAUUAAACAAAUAAGAAUCGUCCCUAGGAAUAAAUUUACCAAAGAACAACACUGGGCAUCUUUGAUAAGCUUCUGGAGGCAACUUACCAAUGUCUGCAAACAUGUUUUCCCUUUGAAUAUGCUAAAGGAACAUUCUCGCUGCAAUCGGGCUUCAUGCAUUUACUGUGGGAUUGAAAGAAAUAGUGGGCCCUUGAUUGUCAGAUGUAACUAUCUUGAAAGUCCAACCAAUAAGGGUCCAUCUGAACAGUCAAAGAAAAAGCAAGUGCCAUCAGUGGAAAAAACUCUGGUUUUUAAUGCAAACUACAAUGUAAUAAAAUGCAUAUGUGAUGGCUUGAAUGAGAGACCAGAAUAUGGAUGGAAGAAAAUUGCUGCUCACUUGAAUAUAUCCCUGACUCAUGUGAACUCGUGUGAAAAUUACUGUCAUGUAUUUUGCCUGUGA